AUGUCCGCUGGCCAGCCUCUACUGAAUCUUCCACCCCAUUUCCAGCAUGCUGCCCACCCCCAUCUUGGACACGAUUCCCAUCUGCAACCAGGCAUGAACGAUAGCUCCGCGUUUUCUCACGGUCCUAGCUCAAGCCCCUUCAACUCUGCCAUGGACCCCUCUCAGUAUGGUGACUUUGCUUUUGCCUAUGCCAACAUGUCGGGCAUGACGGACCAGUCCGCUUCUGCCUUUGAAGACCCUUCUGGCUCCGAUCACUUUUCCCUUCAUUCUACCAUGGCUCCGGCUUCUGUGAGCAGUGCCAAUAUGAACUCACUGACAGUAGCUCCCAACUCUAGCUUUGCUAUUGACCCCUCUGCCUUUAGCGCUGCUGGUAUCGACACCAUUCCCGACGAAACUGCCUCUGUUGAUAGGCCUUCUCCCAGCCACGCCUCAGCCGGAGACAAUGCAAACGACGAUUUUGGCUCGUCCGCUGCUGGACGUGCCGACGGAACUGAUCUCGGCAAGAGCAAGAUCGACAAAGCUGAGACGCCUGCAUGGAGCGAGCUCAAAACAAAGGCCGGCAAGGAUCGAAAGCGUCUGCCGCUGGCUUGCAUCGCCUGCCGCCGCAAAAAGAUUCGCUGCUCUGGUGAAAAACCUGCCUGCAAACACUGCCUGCGCUCCAGAAUACCCUGUGUCUACAAGGUCACCAGUCGCAAGGCUGCGCCACGCACCGACUACAUGGCCAUGCUUGACAAGCGGCUCAAGCGCAUGGAGGAACGCAUCAUCAAGUAUGUUCCUAAAUCCGACCAGGACAGCCUUGCUCCCGUAACUCGUGCCGUCGUCAAACCUGCAAUACCUGGUACCACCGCCGCCAGCAAGGUUGCCGCCAAGAAACGCCGCGCCGAUGAAGCCUUUUCUCCAGAUCUUGAAUCUUGGGUGAAUGGAGCGUCCAAAUCCAAAUUCGGCAACGGCGACGCCCCUCCUCUCAUGGCCGCCGACUCUCAAGAAAAAGAAGAGAACAAACUAAUCCGCGAAGGAAUCGAUGCCCUACCCUCAAAAGAGAUUCAACAACACCUUGCCGAAGUCUUCUUUGAUAGCGUGUACGGGCAAGCGUAUCACCUACUACAUAAGCCAAGCUUUAUGCGCAGGCUAAAGAGCAACUCUCUGCCCCCCGUUCUCGUGCUCUCCGUUUGUGCUGUAUCUGCUAGAUUCUCAACGAAUCCCAAACUGCCACUUACAUCGCGACCAUUCCUUCGAGGAGAGGAAUGGGCACAGCACGCUAGAGACAUAUGCACCAAACACUACGAGUGGCCAAGCAUGACCAUUUUGACAUGUCUGCUAAUACUCGGCCUUCAUGAGUUCGGCACUUGCCACGGUGGCCGGAGUUGGGCACUUGGCGGACAAGCUAUUCGCAUGGCAUACGCUCUGCAGCUGCACAAAGACCUUGACUAUGACCCUCAAAGCAAAGGACUCAAAGUGUCUCUCAGCUUUGUCGAUCGAGAAAUUCGGAGACGCAUCAUGUGGGCCUGCUUCCUGAUGGACCGAUUUACUUCGUCUGGCACAGACCGCCCCAUGUUCAUAUCUGACGACUCUCUGACCAUCCCGCUACCCGUGAGCGAACGUUGCUUUCAAUUGGACAUGCCCGCACAAACAGAACUUCUCGACGGUAGACCAGGACCGCCCGCUGCGGAAGGUCAAGCUGCAGAUACUGAUGUCCGCAGCAACAUGGGACCGUCAGCUUUCUUCAUUCGUGGCCUUGCUUUGUGGGGCCGCAUCGUCACCUACUACAACCACGGCGGUAAAGACCGAGAACAAUUCGCCCAGUGGGAUGAGCGCUCGCAAUACUCGAAGCUUGUGCGUGACGCCGAAGAACUGCUCCGCAACCUGCCGGCGCAGUUGCAAUACUCCAAGGAAAACCUCGAACUGCAAAUCACUGAGAGAACCGCUGCUCAAUACCUGUUUAUGCACAUGACUAUACAUCAAUGCUUGCUCUACGUUUGUCAAGCAGCUAUGAGCAGCCACCAGUCUAACACGGAAGCGCCAAAGGAAUUCAUCCCUCGUCUGACGGGCAAGACCUUCCAUGCAGCCAACAGCAUCUCUCAGUUACUAAAGGACUCCGAUGAACGCCAGUGCUUCGUGUCUGCACCGUUUGCAGGAUAUUGUGCUUUCUCGUCGUCGUCGGUGCAGAUAUACGGGAUGGUCUCUGGAAACCCGAAGCUUAAAGCAGCCGCCGAGGUCCACCUUGCCAUCAAUAUCACAUACUUGAAGAAAAUGAUGAAGUACUGGGGCAUGUUCCACUGGAUGGUGGACGACAUUCGACGCCAAUACAAGAACGCCUACGAUGCCUCUCGACGACCCGGUGUAAACGGCGCCAUGCAAAGUAAACAACCGCUGCUGCAGUACGCGGAUUGGUUUAACCGCUACCCUUCUGGUGUGUCCAACGUUGAUUCCAUGGAUCCAAACUUGCCCAGACGCACCAGUAGUGGAGAGGAUGCCGUUUUGGAGCAAAAGCCAGAGUUGCACUCUGUCGGAGAGUUUCUGGAAAACCUGUCGCCUGCCUCCCAUGCCGUGGAUGGUAAAGACCCUAGUAAGACACCAAUGCAAAAGCGAAAGACACUUUCUCUCAAGAAGAACCCUACUGGUGUCACACCUCCCAACAAGACAGAUCAGCCUACCCCUGAAGCGCGGCAAGCUUCUGCCGCGCUUACCCCUUGCAGAGCUUCAGACCAAUCCGGCGGCACCCCUCGCAUGCAGGUUGACCAGCGCAAAUUCUCGAACCCUGGUAAUGCGCAGCCUCCUAUGUCAUUCAACGCGCAUAGCAUGCCUGCUCAAUCGCAGGCAUACAUGUCCAGCAUGUCCCCCAUCAGCCCUAACAAUAUGGCGACGUACCCUCCACAGCCACAGAUGCCAUUUUUUGCCGAUAUCGUGCCUCUUGGCAUGGGAGGUCAAGACGCCGGACUUCCUCAGCAAAUGUUUAGUAUCGUACCAGGUGGCAUGAAUGCGCCACCGCAAGAAAACACCAACGGAUGGCAGGGGAUGCCCAACGGUGCCCACAACCCGCGCCAAGGCUCGGCAGCUGCACCAAAGAAUGAGAAUGCCGCCAUGAACCAGCAACGACAUCCGUCUCAGCAGCAGAACCCCAUGACUGCGCCGACAAUGAAUAUUUUCAACUCUGCGCCAGAUAGCUCGUGGUUCAUGGGAUACGAUAUGGAGCAACCGGAGAUGAAUCAAGACAUGAACAUGACCAGUAGCAACAUGGACGGGUUCGGCAUCUUUGCUGGGGGCAAUAGUGGCAACCCCGCAAACGGCAGUGGCAUGCCGCAAAACCACAUGGGUGGUGGACUGCAGCAUGGCAUGUAA